AUGAUCAGUAUCGGAGGUCGACGGCUGGAAAAUGGGGACAAGUCUCCAGAGCCCUGGUCAAAUGGACUCGGGAUUUUUGAUAUGACAACUCUAAAAUGGUCCGAGAACUAUGAUUCGAAAGCCCAGGACUAUACACCACAUUCGGUGGUGACCACUGUAUACUCGGAUGCUUCGAUUCAUCCUACUAAUUGGAGUAGCCCUGCCUUAUUAGAUAUAUUCAAGGUUAGGUCCUUGAACGAUUCAUCCAUCACCAACUCCAGCGAUACCGCUAUGACUACUUCCACCCCGAACAAUACCCCACCAACAGCAACUCCGGACAAGGGCCCUCCAAUAACAAUUCAAUCAUCGCUGGAAUCGCAAUCCUUGCAUUCCUCAUCGGCCUAUUUUUCUAUCUCCGGAAACGAACUAGACAACCCAGCCAAGAAGACUACACCACCGCUGAAACGAGCGAGCUGAAGGAGGAAACCUGGGAGGGACAGGAAGUGCAUGGCAACUCACGUCCCGCCGAGAUGGACGCAUAUGGUCGGUAUCAUUACCACGAAAUGGACUCGGUUCAGGCCCUUAGACCGUCCGAACUGCCAGGUAGUGCUGAUUCGAGGACUGGACUAAGACCCAACACAUGA